GUGAGUGCUCGCGAGUCAGUCGCAGACUGGAGUGCCCUGUGAGAGCAGGGGACGGACCACCGACACCAACUGGCAUAACCAAUCGCUCGUGUUCUCUCGCAAAGCCCAAAGCAUUCUAAGUCUGUCCGAAUGUCCGUCCCGUCGUCCGUACUUUCUCUCGUUAUUCUUAUUAUUAUCGUAUCGCACGUAUCGGACACGCGUUUUCGGUCUUUCUUCUGCUGUUGCUGCUGCUGCUAUUGCUGUUGCUGUUUCUACGCGACGCGAUAUUUAUUUUAUUCUACAUUAAUAUCACGUGAAACUCUACGUAGUUCGUGCCACGAGUUCAUUUUAUUCUUUUUAUUAUUAUUAUUCAUUAUAAUAAUAAUAAUAUUGUCAUCAACAUCAACAUCUUCAUCGUCAUCAUCAUCGUCAUUGUCAUCAACAACAUCUUCAUUAUUAUUAUUAUUAUCAUCAUCAUUAUCUUCAAAGACAUCGUUUGAUCGAGUUACUGUUCGUUAUAAUACGAUUGGUAUUUAAAAUAAGAAGAAAUUGAUAUACACUACGUGUUUGUAUAUCCGAAAAUACUUAUCGAAUCUAUAAAGAUAAAUAAAAAAAAAAAAAAGAAAAAAAAUAAAUAAAUAAAUAUCGUUUAGUGCAAUAAAAUAAAACGUCAGAUUAGAAAGAGACAAACAGAGUAUGCUUUCAUCAGGGGACCCUUUAGAGCCUAACGGCAAGACGCCCUGAUGGCUAGACCAUCAUUAUCCUCGUUACAAAUUCGUCACGCCACGAGGACAACGAUAACAACAAAAACAACAACGACAACGACAACAACAACAAUCAAGAAGACGACCACCAAAACAACCAAAAAGAAGAAAACGAGCCUAGAGACCUUUAGUGAUCGAGUGUUUUAGUGCACUGCGCGAGUGAUCAGCACUAUUUGUGCUAUUGUGUUGCGAAUAUUUUUUUUAAACCACCCCUCCUCCCUCCCCGCUCCCUCCUCCUAACCCUCCCUCGUUUAUCGUUCCGUUAGAACAGAUCUACGAGGAAGGAACGAGUUUGUUGAUACAUUCGAUCAAGAUAUGUCGGCCUACGCUCAAUUCGGAUAUUCCUAUCCGUCGGCUUCCCAGCUGCUGGUGAGUGGCGGGCAGCCGACGACAGCAACCUCACCUGCUAUGUCGUCAGGAGGAGCCCUAAGCCCUGGUGCCCUUUCACCUUCGUCAACAGCAACAACAACACCAGGAGCUGGUGGAGGAACUGGUGCAUCUGGUGGUGCAACUACUCCCGUAGCUGCGACUACGGGGCCUGGAUGUUGUGAAAAUGGUAGGCCGAUGAUGACGGACCCAGUUACCGGCCAAACAGUUUGCAGUUGUCAAUACGAUAGUGCUGCGAGAUUGGCAUUAGGAGCAUAUCCAAGAUUGGCACCAACUGCUACCUCAUAUUCCUCUUACCCUACACCAACACCUUCUACUACCGAUCAGGCCCCUUAUCCUAGUAUCGGUAUGGACAGUUCUGCCUUCUAUUCACCUUUGGGAAAUCCAUACGGUCUGAAGGACGCUACGGGGAUGGGGAUGACGGCGGAUAUGGGUGCUGCAUGGGGUACGGCUGCUCUUCAACCUGCUGCCACGGGUUACUACCCUUACGAUCCAACCCUGGCUGCCUACGGAUACGGAGCAGGCUACGAUUUAGCCGCGCGACGAAAAAAUGCGACGAGGGAAUCAACGGCGACCUUGAAAGCAUGGUUGAACGAGCACAAGAAAAAUCCUUACCCAACGAAAGGAGAAAAAAUCAUGUUAGCGAUAAUAACGAAGAUGACGUUGACUCAAGUAUCAACGUGGUUCGCUAACGCACGAAGACGUUUGAAGAAAGAAAAUAAAAUGACAUGGGAACCGAAAAAUAAAACAGAUGACGAUGACGAUGCUGUGCUCACGGAUUCGGAGGAUAACAAGGAUAAGGACGAACUUGCGAAUGAUAAUCGAGGGGACAGAGUUGGCGAUGAUGCGAGGAGAGGUCUUGAUGAUAACGAACCAAUGAGACACGUCAAAGCGGAACACCUUCAACACGAUAAAGAUUUAGACGACGAGGAUGAUCUUGAUUUGGAGGAAGAUCCGCGAGGACGAGAGCUUCCUUUUCAUCAUACGAUGCAACAUCAUCAUCAUCAUCAUCAAGGUUAUGGAACGGAUGAACAUAUGAAGGACGAGGGUAUAAAAACGGAUUGCAGUGGAGGUGGUGUACCAAUUCCAGCGACUAAACCGAAAAUCUGGUCGCUGGCGGAUACGGCAGCUUGUAAAACACCGCCACCACCUUCUCACCCUCAUCAUCAACAAUAUCAUCAUUUACAUCAUCAACAACAUUACGCUCAGCAACAGCAUCACCUUGGAAAUCAAGUACACCAUCAUCACUCGCAACAACCUUGGUUAGGACCAGGUGGUGGUAGUGGUGGUGGUGGUGGUGCCAAUGGCGGUGGUGGGGGUGCUGGAGGUGGAAAUUUGGGUUCCUCUUUCGCAUUACCUUCUUCAGCUUCCAUGAGUCCUUCGGCGGCAGCGACGGCACCUUAUUCAACUGCAGCUGCACGAUACGGUGGUUUCCUUUCAACCUCAUCCGGUGGCCAACUUCAUUACAAUCCUAAUUCCUCGUCUGGUACAACAUCAUCUGCAUCCUCUUCCGCUGCCGCGGGGUUUCCAGAAGUUGGUACGGAUACCCCACCUCAGACACCACCCAAUAUGAAGGUGGCUACUCCGAAUGGGGUGAUCCAACCACCACCAGCAGGCUAUUGCCCUACUGGGAAUACCAAUCAGACGAGCAACGGGAAUCCUAAUCAUUACGCAACCACUCAUCCUGGUGCUGGGGGUUAUUUAUCUGCUACGUCUGGACCUGCUGGUGGUGCUUCCUCCUUUGCAUCGAGACUUCAAACUUCACCGCACAAGGAUUUCUCACCGGCGGGACAAAAUUCAAUUCUUCAUCAACACCAAACCACUGCCAGUUUACCACCAACAGAAGCUACUACAGCGUUUAAACCCUUCUACAAAGGAUCACAAUCUAUGGGUAGUGGGUUCGUGUCGCCGGUUUAAGAAACAUCCUAGUGACUCAGGAAAAUCUUCGCUAUCUCUCAAGGUUUAGAAAACAGUGCCGCGAGGGAAAAUGGACGCUACAAGGACGGGAAACAAGUUAAAUGAAGUCAACAAUCUUGGGAUUGCAAGUAUUUGCAAUCCUCCUACGAUAAUCCUGAAAUAUAUUAUCGUUAUCUUGGCACGAAUAAGUGGAAAAAAGGAAAGAAAAGAAAGUCAAGGAAUCAGAAAGCUCAAUUUUCGGUAUCCAUAAAUCUAACCCUUGAUCUCCGCAAGGUGUAAGGAUUGGACUAUUGGGGGUUAGAGGGGGUAAAGUAGGGUGAGAAAUGGGUUACUAAGAAGAGGGAGUGGUAAUGGCUUAGAGAAGAUUUAGGAAUUAGAGGAAUUACGUUGAAGUGCCUGCACGUGCACGAGUAACCGAGAAAGAACAAUGAAAGUUAGGUCAAAAAGAAGAUAAAAUAAAAAAGACUAGUAUUCGGGAUUGAAAAUAAUGAAGAUGAUAUUGAAACAAAUUAUCAAGGUCAGAGAUAACCGUUCUUGUUCGUCGCAUAUCGAACGAUUGAUUAAGUUCGCGUAUACUCUUGUCGACAUAGUUGUAAAUAUAGAUAAAAAAAAAAGAAAAGAAAAAGGAAAAAAAAGCAAUUAAAAAUGGAAGAGAAGAGUAAGGAAAGAGGGAGGGAUGAGUGGUUGGGAGGGGUGUUUAAAAGAAAAUUCGCUCUAUUUGUCGUGCAAAUCGUAAACCCUAAUCGGCCAUAGCGAGAGGUAUACUUUUAAAUGAAAUCUACGGGCAACGUGCAAAGUAUAUAGAAAUAACAACUUCCGGAUAUUAUUAUUAUUAUCGAAAUGCGCCUAUGUAAGUCCGAACGGGCCAAAGAUCUUCUUCGUUGAUUACUCGACGAGUGUGUGUGUGUAUUACCAUAGGAGUAAAAAAAAAAAAAAAAAGAGAUAGAGAUUA